CGUGCUCUGCUCUGCCCUGCUCUGCCUCUCUCUGCUUUCUUAUUUAUCGCUUUCUCUGCAUCUCUGCAAAUCUUAUCCAAUCCUCCUUUCGGGUCUUUUGGCCGUUAAGAGAUAUCUAUCGAGUAGUUUUGUUCGUUGGUUGACAAAGAAGGAAGCAAGCAAGUGAUAAGUACUAUGGAGAACAAGAAGCAAGUGGGUGGUUCAUCUUCAUCCAUGUCUUUUGAUCACCUUUUUGGUCCUAAGGACCCCUCUUCAGCUUCUUCAUCAUCCUCCACCGGAUUAUUUGGAUCCAUUUUUCCACCACCCUCUACGGUGCUAGGAAGGGACUCCUCUGAUCAAAACCAAGGUGGCAGUUGCAAAUAUGGAAAUCCAGAUGUUAUCACUCAAAGCAGCAAGGGUGAACGCACUGGCUCAAGAACUGGAGAAAAGGGCUCCAAUAUUUAUCAGAAUGAAACAAUGGAACCUUGCUAUUUGAGCUCAUCCAUCUACUAUGGCGGCCAAGAAAAUUAUUCUCCAAGAACCCGCUCCUCCGAAUCUGACAAUAUUUUCAAGAAAGAUGGGAGAGACGAUGAUUCAAAUGGAAGCAAUCCGAAUAGCGCUUCAAGAGGGAACUGGUGGCAGGGAUCUCUCUAUUACUAACUCUUAAUUUACCCCUACAUCAACUGAUCUUUACCACCUUGCACAGGGGUGGUGAGAAUUAGCUUAAUAUACUAAGGAAAUAAGAUGGUAAUAUUAGAGCAUAACACAUGCAGUACGUGAGUACUUGCGAAAAGGUGUUGGGUUCUUUUUGUCUCAGCUACUCAAUUUCUGGCAAGUCUUACGUACGUACAUGCAAGAGCGAAUAUAUAUAUAUGUUACUGGGAGCUUUAUGUCGUCCCUCUACUGCCCACAUAAAUAAAUAAUUAUAUAAGAUAUAUACUAGUGGAGUCUUGUAUAAUUAAUUAGAAACUUUUGGUACUCCAUGUACUUGAAUUUGCUUUUUGGGUUUUAACCCUCUAAUUGUAAUUCUACAUGCAUGGACCAAUAUGGUUUUGUUUGUUAACGUUUUGAUGUAACAUAUAUGUAAAAGGUGUUUUUAAGUGUUUUGUGACUA